AUGGCUUCGCAGACGGACUCAUCAGCUCUCCCGCGGUCGGCAUCUCCAACUGGCUCGCCCCGCGGACCCUCGGCCACCUCCCUGCAAGCUGCUGCUACAGUCAAUGCCGGCCUCAAUCGAGAGCUCUCUCCACGCUCUUCGACGAGCUCGCUCACCCGCGCCCACCGGUCAUCCUCCAAUGCAGGCAGGCGUCGAUCUAACGUCCUGAUGAACCUGCAACUGAACGAUCCCGCUGUCCCUGCCCCCGGCGAGAUGGUCUCCGAACACGGCAUCCCGCAACAUCACAGAGCCCCGAGCCUCGGAGAGCUGCACCAAGAGCUCGAGGCAGAACAAGAGGCUCAUGUGAAUCGCCUGCUUCAGAUGAUCCGUCAGCAACAGCUCGAGCUUCAGCGACUCCAAGCUAGCAACCCAACCCACAGCCAUGGCGCAUCUGCCGAGGACAGCAGUGCCGUAUCCGAUCGCACGGCGCCACCCGUCUCGCAGGGAGCUCUGCCGACCCCGCCAGUUGGAUCGUAUCCUCGCUCGCCCGUGUACCAUCACCGACCGUCUCUUGACAUGGCCCGCGCCGACCUCCAUCGCCGAUCCAGAACACCCAGCCGCGGCGCAUCUCCAAGACUGCGAUCUACUUCGAUCAGCGCCGAGAGCGGCGACUGGGCUUUGGGCGGACGUGACGAAAGUGCCUUUUACCAAGCAGAGGCGCAGAUGCUCACAAGAGAGAAUCAGAUGCUGAAGCAUCGCAUACAUGACUUACAAAAGCAGCUCAGCGACCUCUCGGCUAGCCAGGGAUCCAAUGAACCACCAACGCCAUCGAGCCUUGGUCGCUCAAGCUCUGCGGCUGAUCCCUCUGCCGAACCUACCGAGACCGAUGCAUAA